AAAAUUAAGUGUUUUACCCAAAUUUUCAUUGUAUUUUCAGCUGCUUGAUUUCGAGCUCCAGUCCAGCGAAUCUCAAAAGUUGUGUUCUUCAACUUCAUCAGAUUCGGGGUUUUGCUUUGUGCUAAAUCGCAGGUAUUUAGGUCAACAAACCCUAGAUUUACUGUUAUUGAAGAACACAUAGUAGUAGUUUUUUAAGAUACUGUAUUUUAGACAUUAUAUGUGCUGGCUGUGUUUAUUGAAUCUGUAAUUGUAAGCGAAGUUUAAGAUUAUGGAGAGGGAUUUGAGUGAGAAUGGGCACCGUAGGAGAAGGGACAAAUCAGAGGAUGAGGAUAGCGGGAAAGUAGAGCGGAAAAAGUACGAGGAUAGAAAAACUUAUGGUGAUAGGGAGGAUAGGAGGGAGAGAAGGUGGAGAACUGAACGCCGUGAGAGCGAUGAUGAUGGUGAGGGUAGGAGGGAGAGAAGAAGAACCGAACGUGGAAAUAGGGAUGGCAGUGAUGAUAAAAAGGAUGAUUCGAGGCGAGGUGAACAUGGAGAUGGUGGUGAAAGGAUGGAGAGGAGGGGAAAAGAUGGGAAUAAGGAGAAUGAUGAUGAAAGGGAUGAUAAGAGGGAGAGCAGAAAAGAGGAAAAGCAAGUUGAUUAUGUUGAUGAAAGGGAGGAUAGGAAGGAAAGAAGGCGGAGAAUUGAACGCAGUGAGAGUGAUGACGAUGGUGAGGAUAAAGAUAGGGAUGAUAGGAGAGCAAGAAGGCAAAGAGCUGAACAUGGAAAUAGGGAUAGUGGUGAUGAUGAAAAGUAUGAUUCGAGGCGUAAGAGGCGAGAUGAAAAUGAAGAUGGUGGUGAAAGGAUGGAUAUGAGGCGAAAAGAUGAGAAUAAGGACGACAAUGAUAGGAGGGAUAGAAGGAGAAAAAAUGAACAGGUGAAUGAUAGUGAUAAGAGGGAGAGCAGAAAAGAGGAAACCCAAGUUGAUGAUGACGAUGAAAGGGAUGAUAGGAGAAAGAAGAGGCGAAGACAUGAGGGUGAAGGUGGUGACUUGAAGGAUGAUAAGAAGGAGAGGAGUCGAAGGAAUGAAGGUGAGAGUGAUGAUAGGAAGGAGAGGAGGCGACAGGAAGAUGACGAUGAAAAGGUGCAUAAGAGAAGGAAGGAUGAGAUUGGACACAGGGAUAGAGUUGAUCGGUAUAAUGAUGGUAGAGAAGGGGACAAAAGAGGGAGGAAGGAUGUAGAGAGAGAAAAGAGGGUUGAUGGUGAUGACAAUAAUAGAAAGGAUAUACGGCAAAGGGAUGGAGAUGAUAAGCAUGGGAAAGAGAAGAAUAGGAAAGAUAAUGCACAAGAGGAUGGGGCUUUUAAAGCCAAUGAGGAUUCCAAGGUGCAAAAGCAAGAUGCUAAUUUGCCUACUGACUUAGCAAAGUUGGGAAGGAGUGGGGGUGUUUACAUUCCACCAUUCAAAUUGGCUAGAAUGAUGAAGGAUGUUCAGGACAAGAGCAGUGUUGAGUACCAGAGGAUGACUUGGGAUGCUCUGAGGAAAAGUAUCAAUGGGCUGGUGAAUAAAGUUAAUGCAGCGAACCUCAAAAAUAUUAUUCCAGAGUUGUUUGCAGAGAAUUUGAUCCGUGGGAGGGGACUGUUCUGUAGAUCCUGUAUGAAGUCCCAAAUGGCUUCUCCCGGUUUUACUGAUGUAUUUGCUGCUUUGGUAGCAGUGGUUAACACCAAGUUCCCAGAAGUGGGUGAUCUGUUGCUAAGAAGGAUCAUACUGCAGCU